UCAACAGCUGAGUGUCAAAACGUAAUUUUUAGUUCUCAACCAAAUUUUUUAGUCAAUAAUAAGUAGACGUAUGAUCGUAUGCUGCGGAUGUGUGUGGCAGCCGUAAUGUGGAGCAGUGAGCUGCUCUAGAGCUUACAUAAUGGCGGCGACAUUGCGUCUUAGUGGUGAAAUGGUAAAAGUCAUCAUCCAUUCCAACGUCCAGGCGCAGGCCAUACAAAAUGUUGGAUUAAUCCGAAGGCAUUUGAAUAGCGAACUUACUACGGCUCUUCGCCCAUUCUAUUUUGCUGUACAUCCCGAUUUAUUUGGCAAGCAUCCUGAGCAGCGGCAGACCAACGAGAAUUCAUUAAAGCUGCUCAGCGCCCAUCUGGAGGCGCUCUACGAGCAUAGCUAUCGCAAUGAUGAAGCCAAAGUGUUGAAGUUUUACGUACGUGAGAGUGCGGCUGCUGACAAGCGUGAUUUGUUUAGGUUGGUCCAGAUACGCAUGGAUCGCAGCACGCGUGAUCCCAAGAAAUUCAUACAAGAUCUGCUCGAAUCCUGCAAUCUGUCGACGGAUUACAUAAAGACCGUCAAGUCCCCGAAGCCAGCGAAAACACAGGACAGCAUAGUCAACAGACCCAGCUACGAUUAUCAUUACAACACGGAGUUUUCCGACUUUGAAACACAGUUUCGUAAUGAAACAACCAAUACGCGUCCAGUUCUUUCCAUUUGGCUUGAGGAAAAUGCUGCUAAAGCCAGACAAAGGGCUAAGGAAACAUCUGAAAUGGAAGCGGAAAUUGAUAAGCUUAAAAACGUUCUCGUCGGAGAUUUGCAACUGCGCGAUGCUCGCUACGAAUGUGGCUGGAAUAUAGAGCAUUAUAGAGGCUGUCUCAAAUCCCUGCAGCGCCUCGCUCAGACCCAUGAAGCUGUGUUGAAGACGUUGCGUAAUCGCGUUGUGGUCUUUGCCCCGUUUACAGGCAUCAGUUUAGAGGGUCAUGUGAUGCUUUUCACAGGUGAUGUGCAAAACAACUGGAUUGACUUUAUCAAAAACAUUCCACAACAUGAUGCCUAUCUAAAAGUGGUGCCAGUUUAUGAACAGACGCUAUCCCAGGUUCUACGCAGCAUACAGAUAGGGCGUCGUAAAUUUAUGCCCAAGCAACAGGCACGUGGCUAUGCUAACUAUCUUAUGAAAGUGACGACGUCCCUUAACGAUUACUUAAGCAAGCAGUUGUACCCGAAACAUUGGCCGCAAACAUUGAAAGAGUUCAUAAUUGUUGUCGAAUCUGAAGCGGGUCCAUUGAUGGUCAGUCCAACGGGUCAGUUCAUCACACCCGCCACCUGUCCCGGCGCCAUACUCGUGGACUUCAUAAGCCAAAAUAUGAAGCUGGCACGUGAACGCAUGACCAAAUAUGAAACGGACAAAUACAUCGAACAGCAGCUGAUUGAGGAGUCAAUUACUCGAUUGAAAUUGAAAUCAUUAACUAAGGACGAUGCCGUAACUCCAGACAAAAUGAUAACUGCUCUCCGUGAUCUACGUCACUGCCAGCCUCAGCAUUUCGAGCACAUUAAGCUACAUAUAUCCCAUUACUAUUCGGUGCUUACCGAUGGCAAUGUCUGUGUGCCCUGGGAUUUUAUUCAAAAGUAGCAAACAGCGCUUGCUUAAGCACUCAUGUGCCUUACGAUUGACGACAAUAAGCAUAAUAAAUUAAUUUUAAUAUAAGUUGCCCUAAAAUAUGCUGUUUAUGUUUCUUGUUAUGCAUAUAACAAGUAAAGAAUGGAGAACUGGAGCUUAGUCUUAGUAAUAUGAAU